AUGCCGCUGGAGCUGCCCAAGGGCUUCACAGCCAUCAAGGACGCCACCCAAGUAGGCGCUACCGUCAACCUAAUCGGUGUCCUAGUCAGUUUCGAGCCUUUGAAAAAAACCAGAGGCACCGACUUUACCCUCGACUUUACCAUCCAAGAUGACUUCACAUCUUGUGAUGUUGGUGGUCAGUCGAGCAUCGGCUGCCGAUUGUUCAGACGUACUGAAGACAAAUUCCCCAAGAUCUCUGGGGUUGGCGAUGUCAUCAUACUCCGAGGAUUCAUACUCCAGGAGUUCAAGCUGCGUGUCGACGCUGUUGGCUAUAAUAAAUUCAGCACCAACAUGCACGUCUUUCCCAGUAGCAGAAUUCCCAUUCCAGCACUGAGCCAGGCUUUCCAGGCCGGCAGUCAAAAGCUGCCUCACGCCUCGACCGGAGGCAUACCGCCCACGAUCCCCGAGCAGAUGGCUGUCAUUGAUCUGAAACAUGCAUCCACUGGCGCAGCGCAACAAGUGCAGCAGCAUGCAGCGAUGGGUACGACCAAAUCCAGGACAACAAGAAAGGUCAGCUUGAUUAAGGACUUGCAAUUUGAGACUUUCUAUGAUGUCCGUGCACAGGUUGUGAACAUCUACUACCACCAGAUGGGAGGUCAAGUCGACUUGAAAGUAACCGACUAUACCCCGAAUGAGAACAUGUUCUACUACGCAGAUCCAGAUAAGGAAGAGAGUUACCUAGUCACAGACAGGCACUGGAAGGGGCCGUAUGGCUUUCUGACUCUAAAUGUCACCCUUUACGGAGAGAAUGCGAACUGGGUACGAGAGAACCUUGGAAACGGUGAUUACAUCUUUAUAAGGAACAUGCGAGCCAAACUGUCUAGCGCCAGCAAGUUGGAAGGAGUGUUACACGAAGACCGAGAGAAUGCAGCACGAGUCGAUAUACGUCACUUGCAAAACGCGGCCGAGAUCAAGGAGAUUGACAAAAGGCGAGAGGAGUAUGAGCAAAAACGUGGGUACAAGACGGCUUUUCAGGCUUUACAGAACGAACCUAAGAACACUUCCGGCAAAACUGCACACGAAAAGAAACAGGCGAAAAAAGAAAGACAACGAGCAGAGAAGCAGGCCGAGCAGGAGGAGUUAGAGAAGAAAUCAAGAGAGUGGGAGAGGACUCGUGGUGGUGUCAAUGCCAAUAUCAUCGGUGCUUUCCCUCAGAUAAAACUUUCCACUAUCUCGGAGAUCCUACACAACCCUCAUCGCGAGGUUGGAACACCAGAGAAGUAUAACAGAUACACGCUUCCUUUCAUUAACUGCAGACAUCGAUCUCGUGUCCGUGUAGUAGACGUUUAUCCGCCUGAGCUCAAGCUGUUCGCUCACUCCAAGAGCGAUAGAAAGUGGAGGAAGCAUCCCAAAAGACAAAGCUCGACUGACGAUCCUGUGAAGGAGCUUUGGGAAUGGGGGUUUGUUCUCUUGCUUGAAGAUGCAAACAUAUCUCGCGACACGGUGUCUGAGAAGUUGCGCGUAGUGGUGAACAACGAGGCAGGGCAGUACCUGCUGAAAAUGAAUGCUGCAGAAAUCAAGAACGAGCCCCGCAAGCUCAAGCAACUCGAGGAAAAGCUCUUCAUCUUGUGGGGUAACCUCAUGGAGCUCAAAACAGAGCUGAGAGACCGAGGAACUGACCUUCCCCUACCACCGGGAGAUAACCGCCUGCAGAAUAAGCCUUUUGACGCUUGCAUCGAAGAGUAUGGCGCCGAGGUGCCCAUGACAGACGAGCACCCAUUCGGCUAUCAACGUAUGUUCAAGCUCUCCCUGACGAAGAUUCAGGAAUGA